CAUAGGUCCCCCUCUGUCUAGGCGUUCUCUGAUUGGCUGAAUUUCUCCAUCCGGGGACUUGGCGCAGUUGCAACUCGCUCGUCAAGAGGUACCAAUAUGGCGGAGGCGUCCUUUGGAAGUUCGAGCCCAGGUUUGUCCUGUUUCUUGCCGUCUGCUGUGUGCUACACUUUCUGAGACCUUAGAUCCAGCCUGGAAAAUCGACCAAUUAGAACUCUACAUUGUCAAAGCUGUUUUUGGAGUUCAUUUAAUGAUAGUGAAAGCUGGGCAAGUUAGUGCAACUCUGGCUCACACUAUCAAAAGUUACAAGACUGCUAUAUACAGAAGGAAUUUAUAAAGCCACUAUACCAUGGAAAGUUCAUUUUCUGCAAAAAAAUGUGUAUCUACAGCUUUUAAUACAACAAUAGAAGAUAACUACUGAAGCAUUUCACAAUGAAAUAUGCAAUCAGAAUGACAAAGAGAAAGUAAAGUCGGCUCGUUGUCUUCUGAGGAUCAUGACUUUGACCCUACUGCUGAAAUGUUGGUACAUGACUAUGAUGAUGAAAGAACUCUCGAAGAGGAAGAAAUGAAGGAAGGUGGCAAACAUUUUGCAUCUGAAAUUGAAGACUUAGAAAAGGAAGGAAACAUGCCCCUGGAAGACUUGCUAGCAAUUUAUGUAUAUGAAGAUCCAGAUCCAGUAACUGCUGUUUCAAGUGCAGGCAGUUCCCCAAGUGAACUUGCUGAUGAUCUGCCAGAUAUGACUUUAGACAAAGAGGAAAUAGCAAAAGACCUUUUGUCAGGCGAUGAUGAAGAAACGCAGUCUUCUGCUGAUGACUUAACACCAUCCGUUACAUCACACGAAGCAAGAGACUUCUUUCCACGUCCUUUAAGAUCUAACACUACCUAUGAUGGUGAUAAAGAAUCAGAGAGUGAGGAUUUGGAAACAGACUUUGGGAAUUCAUCAGAGGACCUCAGAAAGGAGAUCAUGCUUGGGCCACUUCAUCAAGCAGAAAUUCCACCGUUUCAGGGAAAAUGCUUGCCGGACUGCACUGACUAUGAACAUGAGGAUCAUCUGCUCUGGAGGCCAGAUGUUCUUCCGGAAAACAAAGUGAAGGAGUAUCUAAGUGAUAUAUCAAGAGCUGCUAAUGAGAAAGAGGCUGGCGGGGUUCUGCUGAGAGACAAUGAACAGGCAUUGCAUGAACUCUUCAAAUGUCAGUACAAUAUAAAGGAGGCGUUGGAGCGAUACAACAGCAGUAGAAAAGCAGCACAAGAUGAGACCACACUUUGGACUGAAGAGGAAUGUAGUAAUUUCGAGCAUGCACUCAUGACACAUGGAAAGGACUUUCACCUGAUACAAAAAAAUGAGGUUAAGUCUCGGACGGUUGCUGAAUGUGUGGCCUUUUAUUACAUGUGGAAAAAAUCAGAAAGAUAUGACUAUUUUGCUCAGCGAACUAAAUUUGGGAAGAAGAGAUACAAUCAUCACCCUGGAGUGACUGAUUAUAUGGAUCGUUUGGUGGAUGAAGCAGAGGUUCUUGGAGCCGUAGGGAACUCGUCAGCCUUAACCUGCCACAGUCGAACAGAUCCACUUCCUGACUCGCAGCUUAAUAUACUGAACUCGAUUACUGCUAAUGACCUGACAGCACUGACCAACAGCGUAGCGACAGUAUGCAAUUCUGGAGAAGUGAACUGCUUAAACGAAGGCUUCCCUGUUUUGGAUGCUUUACCCCGAGUCCCGGUCAAUCACGUGCCAGUUGGAACAGAAGACUUGCUCACCUUGCCCGGCAACGGGGAAAGUGAUUGUUUUAAUAUUUUCGAGACUGGAUUUUAUCCCUCUGAGGUCAACACCUUGAGCUUAUGCAGCGAGGAACCAGAGAGGCCAGCGAAAAGAAUAAAAAUGGGAAUCUCUGUUCCAGAAUCCUACAUCAGUGAUGUUUCUGUAAAUAACCUUGGUGUAGACUUUGAAAACCAUACACACCACAUCACCAGUGCCAAAAUGGCUGUAUCCAUGGCAGACUUAAGCAGUUUAUCCACAAAUGAGACAAAUAGUUUUCUAAAUUCACACACACUACACCACACGGCCCUUCAGUCGGAAUAAUUUCAGCGACCGUCUCCAAAAAAUAUAUAUAUAAACACUGACUAUGGAGUUGCAGUAAAUCUGAUCAAAACUUCGGGUUUGCCUAGUCUUUCACUGGAAGUUUGAACUUUAUUUUUUUUUCUUUUUUUCCUAUGACAUCAGUGAUGUCUUUGUAUGUAAAGAACUAUAAUCUUGAUUUUUGUCAAGAACUUCAUUUUCGGUCCAUUUAUGUGGCAACAGACUAUGCUCAGCAGAGUCGGGAAUAUAGAUUACUAUUGAGGGGAAUGGGGGGAGGGGGUGCAGCUUAAUGCUUCUAUUUUUGUUAAAUUCUGUAGAUAUUGGGUCCCCAUUUGAAAAACCAGCACAGAGGUUCUGUAUCAAAUGUAUUGGCUUCUUCUGCUCCAAGCUACCUUUUUACAGCAAUGGGUUCUGUGGAAAAAAAAAAAAAUCAAUGUUUACAGGUACCAAUUCCGAUCUCUGCUAAAUGUAGCAUUUCUUUUUCUUUUUUUUUUUUAAUGCGGGACUGGCAUUUUCCAAUUUCAACCGUGUGUUUAUUUUAUUUCCCUUUCCUUGAAUCCAGGGCCAGGAUUUUACAGUCUCAACUGUGCAUACAUGUAGAUUUCUUUACAGUUUGGCCUUGGUAGUGGUACUUAACCAGAGCCAUUGGGGGAGCUGGUCAUAUCAAAGCCAGCGUGGGCGCUAUCUGCAUCAUAUAAAGGAAAGCCUGAGCUCGGAUUGCUUUGCAGUUUACAGGGCAGGGCUCUCUGUCGGAUUUUCUUGCUGCCGGGAUGCAUAUGUUGUGCACUUGAGUAAAAUGGGCAGAGAGUUUUUCUUUUUUUGUAAUAUUUUAUUGUAUUUUCAGUUAUGAGAUUUGGUAAAACUUGGACGAUUGUAAAAUAAAUUACACACUAAUCUGUGUAUCUUAACCUUUCCCUGAGGCGGCCGACAGCGUCCGAGAGCUCAGCCGGCUGCCUUUUAAGGAUUUACCACUAAGUUUACAUAACAAAUAUACAUUACCUAUCAUUUGAAUGGUUUUACGUUGUGUAGCAGGACAGAUAGCUCCCAGGAAUGAGCAGAAACAGGUUUUUCUGCAGACAUGGAAAGGUUGGCGUCGCUCCUUCCCCCUUUAGUACGAUCUAACAUAUUCCAUACUGAUGCAGCAUUAUAUAUAAUAAUGAUUAAGAACGUAUGACCUUGAACAUCUUAUACUUGGUCAUUGCUCUCCAAUACAUUGCAGGCCUCUCCAUGAGGCUUUAGCGCCGGUGCGUGUGUGUGUGCACAUCUUAGGUUUAGUGCAUACGUGACCUUAAAACUAGGCACAUAUCUGUUGUGCUACCUCUGCCAAAGAGUCUCACAUUGCUUGUCACUUUGCCUUUCAAACCAUUUUUUUGCGGUCCCUUUUGCCAGUAAAUGGUUAACCCCUUCGAUGCUGUUGGUAGCGGUUUUCCAUCUCAGAAUAGGUUUAUUUUAGUGGCUUAUGUUUACUUUUCGUUAACAUAAGCUUCAGCACUGAUACAAAAGAAUAUAUAGAUGUGUAGAAGUGAUACUACAUCAGUGUACAUCCAUGUUUCAUUUGUUGCAAAGGUUUGUGCGUCGGGUUUGUGCUAGGAGUGUGUAGAAGAGGGAUGUCACACAAGUGGCCCUGGCUAUCAACAGCAUGGCGGGAUCCUGAAGGCCGGCGCUUGGCGAGCUGUAGGGCUACGUGCGGCACAUAACCCCUUUGUGUAGAACGUGUAGAUUUGAAAGGGGAGGGUAUUUAUUAAGUUUACUGUGAAAUGCAUUAACAUCAGUCCUGUGUGACUGUUGCUUUGGGUUCUUAGAGCAUUGAAGAAUUUUUUUUUUACGUUUACACAGCAGCAGAUUCUAGAGAAGACUGAAUGCCUGUAUAGUUUCCCACCCCAUUGAGCUCCCAAGAUAACUUCUCUUUCACCCCAAGUUGUUUUUUUUUUCCUAGAUAACCAAACUUGCUUUUCUUUCUGGCUAAUCCAGCAUGCGUUGGGUUUUGUUCCUAGCUUUGCUGCACUCGCUAUUGAAUUCUGGGUUUAGGGUGACUGUGUAUAAAGAUGAUAAUGACUAACUGCUUGUACAGGUAUGGGACCUGUAAUCCAGAAUGCUCAGGGCUUGGGGGUUUCCAGUGAUCUUUGUAACUCCAUACCUUUUUAAGUGUACUAAAAAAAUUAUUUCAACGUUAAUCCUUAUUGGUGGCAAAACAAUCCUAUUGGGUUUAAUUAUGUCUUAAUUGGGAUCAAGUACAAGGUACCAUUUUUAUUAUUACGGAGAAAAAGGAAAUCAUUUUUAAAAACUUGAAUCAUUUGAUUAAAAUGGAGUCUAUUGGUAGAUCCUUCCCGUAAUUUGGAGCUUUCUGGAUAACUGGUUUCCAGAUAACGGUCCCAUACCUGUAUACCAAUUCCAGUGUGAUCAUUUGCUAAGGCUAACGCAGUAAUAUUCAGCUGAUCAGUUUAUCUAUGCAUUGCUAGACUUUCAGUAACACACAAAGAAACUGCCUCACGUUUCCCAUCUGUCAUCCAUUGUACAGAAAAAUUUGCAGCGGUGGUGUUUUUGUUGUGUCUUUUUAACCAAAUGUUAGGAAAUGGUUCUUCAGGUUAGCUAACGGAGUCGCGCUAGCAGGCUGUGCUUUAAAAUAAUGUCCCAAGUUACCCGUCAUUUAUUUUAUUUCUAUAUCAAUCCCUCCUGCCAGUCUAGCAAGGCUUUGGAAUGGGUUCUAGGCCAGAACGUAGUGGAAGUUGAUCCAGAGAGGUGGUAAGACCUUGCCAAUGUUGCGUUUCAUGUAGUCUUACUCAAACAGCAGUCAGCGUUGAUACCACUUUGAGUUGUUGGAUCAUUUUAGGAUCUUUAGCAGAUAACCUGUCGAAGAUCCCGCCUAGAUCCAUCAUAGUCAUCUUGCUACUGGACAGUCUAGCGCCUACUUACAAAGCACUGUUUUUAGUGAAGGUUCCGAGUGCUCUAGCAUAGAAUAUUUACCUCCAAUACUUUUGAGGCAAUAAUUUGCAAGAAAUUGUGUAAAUAUGUGUAAAUUCUACUUUCUCUUAGAUAUCUAUUUCUGUAAAAUUGUUUUCAGAUUUUCUGCCGUGUAUAGUUACAUUUUUGUGCAUGCCGACCGUGACACAAACGUGUACCACUAUUAACUGUACCCAUGUAAAAUAGCUAUUUAUUGUUUCUCUGGGUUUCUUUUUGUUUGAAACCUUCGAAAAAAGCUGGGCUUUCUGUUUAAAAGAUGUGGUUUUGGGAUUGGCCUCCGUGCUGUCACGUGGGACUUGCGCAGCUAGCGACUGCAUUAACUGUUAAGCCAAUACGUAGUAAAUUCCGCUUCUUUUAUGUUAAUCAGUAUUGUGGUCCUAUUUGGCAAGCAAAGGAGUUUAAAAACAAAAAAAAAAUAGGGUUUUUUUUUUUUUAGAGUCGGCAUGAAAAGUCCUGCAAACGUGAAGAAUCUCUUGCCUUUGAACUCUUUAAUAUAUAUAUAAAAGCACAAUUCCUCUGGGAAACAAUUCUUUUUCUUCAGUAUUUUUCAUGCGGACAAACCAAAAAAAUAAAAAAAAAGCUAGAUUUUUAUAUAAAUAUAUUUUUUCCAUAGAGCUGUUUGUUUCCAAGGAGUCUGCCGGGGAUCUUGUUUCUUUCGGUGCUGUGCCUAGAGCAAUAUUGUGCGUCAAAGAGCACUGAUUAUAGGCCAACGAGAUCUAUUCAGAACGAGCCUUGUUCCCAAUAAUUAAGGCUGAAUGGGAAUGCUUGCUGUGUUUGAGUGUAAUAUUUAACGAUGAUUGUGAUGUAACCGUCAGUACCUUAGUUCCAAGAACGACAGACACGACUUCUGGCCUUGGCGCAAUGGUGGAGACACAGUAAAUGGGUUAAAGCGACUACAUUUCCUAGUUGGAGAGUCUUAGUAUUAUGGAAUUCCGCUAUUCGUAAUUAGUUUUAAAACGUGUAAUUCCUGUGUGUUCGCUUCCUGUGUUAAUGUCAUGUUGGGAAGCGCUAUACUUUUUAAUGGUGAAAGAGGAAACGACAUUUGGUUUUCAUGUCUCUUCAGAUGGAAAGUCAUUGUUGCAAAUAUGUCGUAUCCAAAUUAAAACGGUGACAUCUUGUUCAGAGAGUAUCCGGCAGUCGUCUUUAGUAAGCAAAGACCGUCGCUUCGCCUGGGUGUCCAACCAACGUGCCUAAAGGUGCCCAUACACCUUACCAUACGAUGUCGCCAAGCGAGCGAAUCUUCUCCCGAUAUCCACCUACGGGUGGGCAAUAUCGGUAGAAUCCAGGCUAUUUCAGUUGUUUGGCCCUGGGGCCAAACGAUCAAAUUAUUAUGGUGGGUAUAGGCAAAGUCGGUCCAGGGACCACAUCAACGAGCUGAUGCGGUCCCCGAUCCGACUAGAUUUUUUUAACCUGCACGAUCGAUAUCUGGCCGAUUUUCAGGCCAGAUGUCGGUCGGUAGUGCCCAUACACGGCCCGAUUUGCUGCCAAGGGGACCGAUAUUGGGACCUUAAGGCUGCUAUUGGAUUAACACUUUUGGGGAGAGGAGGGUAUUUUUUGUACAGCAGCUAAUAGAAUGCUGGUUGGACAUCCCAGUGGAUGUAGCCGUCUUUAAGCCACUCCCACUUUAAGUAUGAUUUGAUCUUAAGUGCUAAAUUUACUUGAAGGAUAUACAUAACGUUACUGAAGAAAUGCUAAAGUUUGUACAACUAGGUGAACACUUGUGCAAUGUCUUCUUAAUAUUUUUCUGUGUUUGUCCGCGUCUCUCUCUGUGUCACAUGGCAGUGAACCUGAACCAUUUCAUGUUUCUAGUAAACCAAUCCAUUGUAAGCCUAGAGUUCAUGGGAAUGUAUUGCCCCUUUAAUUCUAGAGGGCCUGCUAUAUAUUGACCAAGCAUAUGUACAAGAAAUCUGAAUAUUCUAUUUUUUCUAAGACCUAUAAAUGAAACUGCGUUUAGACUGGUUUUGAUUUAUUGAAAGUUAACUUUUUAAAAGUGGGGAGGGGGGGGGGGGAAAUAUUACUGUGUAUUGUUUGAUAAACAGUCUGAAUAUUCCUCUUGUAUAUCACCAGUCCUUUUUUUCCAGAUUCAGAAUAAAACCUUUACGACCCUGAGGAAUAUUGGUGGCAAUCGCUAGGACCUUUAAGAUUAAAGGCUCGAUGUCACAGUUCAUUGGUUUUAAUAUUUGUACAUAAGCACCGAUUAUUUUUCUUUAACAUUAUUUUGUAUUUUUGUUGUAUUUUAAUAUCUGGUGUACAGUUCCAGCAAUAAAAGUCUGGAAAACAUUUCCUCCUGUGAGUAAAUUA